AGGUGGAGAGAAACUUGCGAGCCAACGACAGAGCCUUCAACCUUUCUUACCGCUAUGCCAACAAUGCCAUCAAGACAUCGAAAUACAACAUCUUCACCUUUCUGCCGCUGAACCUUUUCGAGCAGUUCAGGAGGCUCGCCAACUGCUUCUUCCUCUUCCUUUUUACACUUCAGCUCAUUCCUCAAAUCUCCUCGCUGGCCUGGUUCACCACAGCUGCUCUUCUCAUUUUGGUGCUCUCGAUAACGGCGGUGAAAGAUGCCUCAGAUGACAUUAAUCGACACAAAAGCGACAAUCAAGUGAAUAACCGUGAAGUGAGCGUCCUUCUUGAUGGAACACUUAGAACCGAAAAAUGGAUGAAUGUCCAGGUUGGAGAUAUCGUCAAACUAGAAAAUAACCAGUUUGUCACGGCAGACCUCCUUUUGCUCUCCAGCAGCGAGCCUCUCAAUGUGGUUUAUGUUAAAACAGCUGAAUUGGACGGUGAAACCAAUUUGAAGGUAAAACAGGCGUUGACUUUCACUGGCGAAAUGGGCGACGACGUUCAAAGACUGGCCGGCUUCAAUGGGGAAAUCAAAUGUGAGCCUCCAAAUAAUCGUCUGGAGAUUUUUAAAGGGACGCUGACAGUCGAUGGACAAAUGUAUUCUUUGGAUAAUGACAGAAUGCUUCUUCGUGGAUGCAUGUUAAAAAACACAGAGUGGUGCUUUGGACUGGUCGUCUUUGGAGGUCCAGACACCAAGUUGAUGCAGAACAGCGGAAAGACGACGUUCAAAAGGACCAGCGUUGAUCACCUCAUGAACCUUUUGGUGCUUUGUAUUUUUGUUUUCCUGCUGUCCAUGUGCUCCGUCCUGGCCGUCGGUCAUUCAGUCUGGGAGACGACGGAUGGAUCGGUUUUCACCGCGUUCCUCCCUUCAGAACCCGGCGUUGAUUCUCCGCUCUCAUCAUUCCUCUGCUUCUGGUCUUACAUGAUCCUUCUGAACACUGUGGUGCCCAUGUCUCUCUUUGUCAGCGUGGAGAUCAUCCGUCUGGUGAAUAGUUUCUAUAUUGACUGGGAUAGGAAGAUGUAUUACCCCAAGAGUGACACUCCUGCUCAGGUGAGGACCACCACUCUGAACGAGGAGUUGGGUCAGAUCAAAUAUAUCUUCAGCGACAAGACUGGCACCUUGACGCAGAACAUCAUGACAUUUAAUAAGUGUUCCAUCAACGGCAAACGUUAUGGGGAGCUCUUGGACCUAACAGGACAGAGGAUUGAAAUAACAGAGAAGACACCAAGGGUGGAUUUUUCGUGGAACCAGCAAGCCGAUCCAAAGUUCAUUUUUCACGACCACAGUUUGGCAGAUAACGUCAGGGAGGGCGACUGGGAGGUUCAAGCGUUCUUCCGUUUAUUGGCUCUGUGCCACACUGUGAUGCCCGAGGGAAAAAAAGAUGGAGAGCUUUACUACCAGGCUCAGUCCCCUGAUGAAGGUGCUCUGGUCACCGCCGCGAGAAAUUUCGGCUUUGUGUUCCGUUCACGUACACCGGAGACCAUCACGGUUGUAGAGAUGGGCGAACGAGUAGUCUAUGAACUUUUGGCUGUUUUGGACUUCAAUAAUAUACGCAAGAGGAUGUCAGUCAUAGUGCGGAAUCCUGAAGGCAAGCUGACUCUGUACUGCAAAGGAGCAGACACCAUCAUCUACGAGAGGCUCCACACCUCCUGCAACGAACUCAUGGGCGUCACCACCAGACACCUCAAUGAAUAUGCAGGCGAUGGUCUCCGCACUUUGGUUCUGGCUUACAAGGAUUUGGAUGAGCGCUACGUGAAUGAUUGGCUGCAGCGCCACCAUGAGGCCAGCACCACCAUUGAAGAAAGAGAUGAGAAACUUCAUGAGUUGUAUGAAGAGAUUGAGAAAGACUUGUUGCUUCUGGGUGCAACAGCUGUAGAGGAUAAGUUGCAGGAUGGUGUCCCUCAGACAAUAGAGCAGCUGGCCAAAGCUGAUAUCAAAAUCUGGGUGUUGACCGGAGAUAAACAAGAAACGGCAGAGAAUAUCGGCUAUUCUUGCAACAUGCUGCGAGAGGACAUGAAGGAUGUGUUCAUCGUAUCCGCAAAUACAGCAGACGGAGUCAAAGAGGAGCUUCGGAAUGCGAGAAGGAAAAUGUGUCCAACAGCAGCGGAGGAACCAAAUGUGACCAAAGCUCGUGCGGGCCUCUUCUGGCUUGAGAAGACAGAAACUCUGCAUGAUGACCGAGUGAACGGAGAAUACGCUCUUGUUAUAAAUGGACACAGUCUGGCCUUUGCCUUGGAGAAAGAUUUGGCGUUGGAACUAUUGAGGACCGCAUGCAUGUGCCAAACGGUGAUCUGCUGUCGGGUCACUCCACUACAAAAAGCUCAAGUUGUCCAACUGGUGAAGAAAUACAAACAGGCGGUCACUCUGGCCAUCGGGGACGGAGCCAAUGAUGUCAGCAUGAUCAAGGCUGCACAUAUCGGUGUCGGGAUCAGUGGUCAAGAAGGCAUGCAGGCGGUUCUGUCCAGCGACUUCUCCUUUGCUCAGUUCCGUUAUCUACAGCGCCUCCUACUGGUGCACGGGCGCUGGUCAUACCUACGCAUGUGCAAGUUUCUGCAGUAUUUCUUUUAUAAAAACUUCACCUUCACCUUUGUGCAUGUCUGGUACGCCUUUUUCAGCGGUUUCUCGGCACAGACUGUCUACGACCAGUGGUUUGUCAGCAUGUACAAUGUAUUCUACACAGUCCUCCCUGUUGUCGGAAUGAGUCUGUUUGACCAGGAUGUGAAUGAUGGCUGGAGUUUGCAGUAUCCUCAGCUCUACUUACCGGGACCUCUGAAUAGUUACUUCAAUAAGAAAUCCAUGGUGUGGUGUCUGAUUCACAGUUGCUACAGCUCACUUGUUGUCUUCUUCAUCCCGUGGGCGGCCUUGCACGACACUGUGGCGGACGACGGAAAAGAUAUUGCUGAUUAUCAGUCCUUUGCUUUAGUGGCGCAGACGUGUCUUCUCGUUGUCGUUAACAUCCAGCUGUGUCUCGACACACAUUACUGGACCGCUGUGAAUCAGUCGUUCAUGUGGGGCAGCUUGAUUGUGUACUUGGCCACCACCUUCGCUAUGCACAGCAACGACAUGUUCUCCAUAUUCACCUCUGUAUUCCCCUUCAUCGGAACAGCAAGGAACUCUUUGAGGCAACCUAAUGUGUGGCUGACAAUAUUCUUGACAUGUCUCUUAUGCGGUCUUCCCGUGCUGGCUUUUCGAUUUAUUAUCAUUCAGCUUCGGCCCACCAUCAAUGACAAAGUGAGAUAUAAAGCGCGGAAGGAGGGGCUUCCAGGUCCUGUUCCUUGCCGUUCAUCAGUCAGGCGAGUUGGCGCUCGGCGUUCGAGCUACGCCUUCUCUCAUACGAAGGGUUAUGGCGAUCUGGUGACAUCGCAAAGAUUCAAGAAUGGUUUGGGCAAACAAACAGAGCAGCCACAAUUCUACCGGCCCAUCACGAGGGAGUCAGAACUUCAACCACAGUAG